GGGAGGUGAGCCGGCGGCGUUAGGACCCGGGGAGCGCCUCCCUGAGCAAGAGGGCGUUGGAGGAAGAAGGCGCCGCCAACGACAGCUCGCGCACAACCGCGAGGUCCUGGCCACAGCGCGAGCGAUGCGAGUCUGGGGUCGCGUGGAAGCCAGAGACUAAUACUGAUUGAACCCGGAAGCAGCUGGACUCACGGUUACGGUCCGUUUCAGCAGCAGCAGCAGUGAGGACGCACACGGCGCAGCGAGCAUGUCGGUGCUGGCUCUGCAAGAGUACGAGUUCGAGAGGCAGUUCAACGAGGACGAAGCCAUCCGAUGGAUGCAGGAGAACUGGAAGAAGUCCUUUCUCUUCUCUGCCCUCUACGCUGCCAUUAUCCUCGGGGGCCGUCAUGUCAUGAAGCAGAGGGAGAAGUUUGAGCUGAGGAAACCUCUGGUGCUGUGGUCGCUCACGCUUGCUGCUUUCAGUAUAUUUGGUGCCAUCCGUACUGGGAGUUACAUGACGUACAUCCUGAUGACAAAAGGGCUCAAACAGUCAGUUUGUGAUCAGAGCUUUUACAACGGGCCCGUCAGCAAGUUCUGGGCGUACGCCUUCGUACUCAGUAAAGCACCAGAACUGGGUGACACUCUCUUCAUUGUCCUGAGGAAACAGAAGCUCAUCUUCCUCCACUGGUACCACCACAUCACCGUGCUGCUGUACUCCUGGUACUCCUACAAAGACAUGGUGGCCGGUGGCGGGUGGUUCAUGACGAUGAACUACUUGGUCCACGCCGUCAUGUACUCUUACUACGCCUUGCGGGCGGCCGGUUUCAAGCUGUCGCGCAACUUCGCCAUGUUCAUUACACUGACCCAGAUCACCCAGAUGGUCAUGGGCUGUGUUGUCAACUACCUGGUUUACUCGUGGAUGCAGCAGGGGCAGGAGUGUCCAUCCCACAUGCAGAACAUUGUGUGGUCGUCCCUCAUGUACCUCAGCUACUUUGUGCUCUUCAUCCAGUUCUUCUUCGAGGCCUACAUCGGCAAGUCCAGAUCAUCAGCUGCGGCCAUCACCAAGAAGAGCAAGUAAAAGAAAAGAAACUGCCAUAAGUAUGGGAAUUAGGGAGAUAAUGAAGAUAGAAGGAGUUUUAAAUGGAGAGCAGGGACCAGUGGCUUGAGAGGCACAGUGAGGGGGGGUGGUGGUGUAUUAAGAGGUGGCCGGGGAUGUGGGGUGGGGUCGGAAGGGACAAGAGGAUGGCCGGUGUUUGUGCUUAAGCAUUACUAAUAAUGUGCAGAUCUAAAAACGCCUCCUCCGAGGUGACGUGUCUGUUGAGCGACGCCGAGGAUGCUGCGCAGCCAUGAAGCCAUCACGAUGACUUGUCCCCCUGAAGUGUAAAACCCCCUUUUUUGAAUCCAACAUUAAAUCGUUCUUAAAAGAUAAAAAAAAAAAAAAAAAAAAAAAAAAAAGUACAUUUGCCACAAGCAUUUGUGUAUCCGAUAUUAAAAAAUACAAUUAAUCCGUACAUAUGAAGAUGGAUGGAGUCUGUAUCAACUUGAGCCAUCUGAGUAUGUUUUUGUCUGUUGUCUGUGUUUGUUCUUUCGUUUGGAUCUGUCGGAGAAAAGGUUUGAGCUGCUGUGUGUUGGCGGCGGAUGUGAAACCGAUGGGGUGAACGGCACUGUAUCUUCUGUGUCUUACGUUGCAACACGCGAUAUAUUUCUCAGGUCUUUAGGUUAUCUCCUUAAUACAAUAUGCAUAUCAAGACAAGGUAGACAUGUUUAACAUCAGCAGGGGUUUACAGUACGGCCGCACGGUUGUGGAACGAUUGGACUGACUCGGACGAUCACACCGCUCCAGGGCACGAUGGGAAACAGAUGCUUCACCGUUCGUCAUGACCUCGCAGAAGCUGCCGACCACACUUGGAAAAGGACUUGCCAUGGAUUCUGUCUGUGUUGAAGGGUCCCUACCAGUGGAGAAAAAACCCAGAGUCUGUUGGACACUGAAGGCAUAAAUGAAGGACAAACAGAUUUAUGUUUAGCAAAUGAAAAAAAAAAAUCAAACAUGCAAUUUGUCAAAAAUCUGCUGUUAUUGACUUAAAAUAGUAUGUAUCAUUAAUGGGGUCUGUUGUGCUAUCGUGCAUUUGCACUGUAUCAAUGUCAAAAACAAUUGUUGCUGAAAAACGUGACGUACGAACAAAGAGUGCUCAAAUGUGACGUGCC